UUCUCUAGCAUUUUCAAGCUCUGGGAGAUGGUGGUUGGGCUGUGCCUGGAGGUUGAAGGCAAGAUGCUCAGUAGGACAGAGGGUGACAGUGAUGACUCACUCAUUGCUGGAAAUGCCUCUGCCAACGGCCCAGUAAUCAUUGGUGUGGUAGUUGUCAUGAACCAUCAGCUGCAGGAAACUGGUUUCCCUAAAGGAGCCUGGGUGAAGUAUAGCAAAGAUGACAGGGAAUCAGCCAAAGGCAACCCAAAAAAACAGAGACCCGGAGGAGUCAAACCUGCAGUGGCAGGGGCUGCAGAACCAAUCAAGCCCAUCCUAGCUAAUUUCAAAAAUGACCAUUCUUGUAUUGGCGAAGACAUGCAUCCAGAUGGCAUGGUUGUUCUGACUGCCGGAGAGGAAGAUGGGACCCCAUUUGUGAUGUUCUUUCAGGAUGCUUCAGAAAUGGAAAAAUGUUAA